AUGUCUGGCCACGUUCUCUCCGAAAAGAGCGUCAACACGCACAACCUCCAGCAGAUGGACGCUUCGGCAGGCAACGGCAAAGCCAACCUUAAGAGCAUGGAGUACCACCGCCAAGUCCUCCAGAAGAAGAUGGAGCAGGAAAAGGAUGGAGAGAAGUACGUCUCGCCGUCGGAUGGCAUCAUGAGCCCCUGCACAGCAAAGCUCAAUGCGCUCCGCAACAAGCAGGUCGGCAAGGCCAAGCCCAAGUCGCUCUUUGCUCUAGCAUCGGCUAAGAAGUUUGACGGAGAGAACGUCUUCGGCGCCAGGAACGCAUCGCAGCCACUUGGCCAAUAA